UGUACAACAGCCCCAGCCCACUCUCCUAAUUAACUUUCAUAUCGCAAACCACUACUAUUUCUGUACUUUUUCUUAUUUCUCAGCAACAAAAUUCCCCGCCUUGUCCUCUCGUCCAUCUCCACUGCUCAAUCCUCACACCCCUUCUCUCCUGCUCUACCAUCUAGGUCUUCGUUGGUACAACGCUAUAUUUUUAAUUUGCUACACAUGCAACAAUGACUGACAGCCUUGUUGACGAUUACGAAUAUCGGGUGCCUGAGUCCGAGAUAUAUCGGGAUCUGGUUCUUCUGCAGGGCAUGUCUGCGCAGACAUCGCGGCUCAGGCGGCGGCGGCGCAGCCUCAUGCUGAUGCAGCGCAUGUUUGAGGCGACCAAGCCGUACCAGCCUGAUCACUCGCAGCCGACCAGCCCAACCUACAUGACAUCGCCCACAUCAAUGACGUUCCAGCGGAUCCCGACGCCAGACGAAACAGCACAGCGGCCAAGCACAAUGGGGUCAAUGACGAUGGCGAUGCGGCGCAACAAGUCACGGGCCUCUGUGCCAAUUCCGCUGAAGCUGCUGCUGCCCGGAUCGGCUGGCGUCGGGCGGCCAAUGUCGUGCAAGGUCCGGGCAAUGGCAACUCCGCCCGCCUCCCCUACGCCAUCGCGCGCAUCGAUAAACCCGCGCUUCUCUGAUGCCCACGUUGAGUACGUUGGCAAGGAUUGUGUUAUCCACAACGGCGCCCAGGCCAUUGACAUUGCUGCAGAGUUCGCCACACAGCGGGCUGCGCCGAGACUUGUUCAGUUCCCGCCAUUGUCUCUGCACAUGUCGCAGCCAUGAACACAAAUUGGUCUGUUGUUAUCUGUAAUACGGCGGACAAAACCGUCUGCCAUGUCUUAUUUCCUCCUUUGUUAAAAAUAAACUUGUUUUUAUAUUU